AUGGCUAGUACAAAGCAGACCGCUAGAAAGGCAAACCAAAUACCUAAUCUCGUCGAUUCUGUUAAUGCAGCGAAGGCGCAUGCAAGACUGAGCAAUAAAUCAAAUCAUCCGGUGAAGGAAAUGGCUCCAAUCAGAAGUAGCAAGAAUAAAAAAUAUAAGCUUGCCAUGGUAACUCCUCCAUCCAGACCUCCCCGCAACGCAAAAUACCUAAAUGUCGGUAUAUUACGAGGAAAAACACCGAGUGAGGUAGCCUUACUUAUCCGCGAACCCAGAGACCCAUGUGAUGAUUCGUCUGAAUUGUCCUCUUCACCCUCUCCUAUUAUAUCUGCAACUGGAAGCGAAGAAGAAGAAGUCGCAGAACAUGAUGGUAAUGGUGGUGAUGGUGGGAAUGGUGGUAAUGGUGGAAAUGAGGAUGAGGAGGAGAUUCAGGAGGAGGAGGAUGAAGGUAAUGAUGAUGAUGAUGAGGAGGAUGAGGAUGGAAAUGGUGGUGCUAGCAGUGAUGAAGAGGGGGAUGAGGAUGAUGGUAAUGAUGAAAAUGGAUCAUAA